GCCAGGCUGAUCCCGCCGGGCCAGGCUUGGCCUAAUGCAGGUGGUCCGGGAGCCCGAGGAGAUCUCGAACCGAGGCCGAACUCUUGGAAAAGCGAAAGUAAUUAGGAUAGGACGUAGUACAGCCAUCUAAAGAACAGCUACGGAGCGCGUUCUGUUUGUCCAGUGCAGAAAUGAAAGAUGAAUGAGGCCCUCUCCAUGCUUGCCUGCAGGGGAUCAGGUAGACAGACGCUGGUAAACGGUUGCAUCUGCAGAGCGGUAGAUACCCUAAUGGAGUGAACCCAUGCAACAGCUAGAAAGUCAUGAAAGAGAAAUUCGAUGCAGCAGAGGAAAUACGUACUGUAGCCUGGAAAGUCUUCUGAGAGGGAAUGUGAAGAUGCUUAAAGAGCGUCCAGGGAUGGCGGAAGAUCCUCAGCAGCAAAUGGGUGUUCCUGUGGUGAAACUGGAGAAAGAGUUGCCAUGGGGCAGGGCAAGAGAAGACUCCAGUCCUGAGACUUUUCGCCUGAGGUUUCGGCAGUUCCGCUACCAGGAGGCAGCGGGUCCCCAAGAAGCCCUCAGGGAGCUCCAAGAGCUCUGUCGCGGGUGGCUGAGGCCUGAGCUGCACACCAAGGAGCAGAUCCUGGAGCUUCUGGUGCUGGAGCAGUUCCUGACCAUCCUGCCUCGGGAGUUCUAUACCUGGAUCCGGGAUCAUGGCCUGGAGAGUGGCAAGGCUUUGGUGACCAUGGUGGAGGACUUGACAGAGAAUGCGCUGGAGGCCAAGGCGGUUCCAUGCCACAUGCAGGGAGAACAGCAGAAGACAGCCCUUGGCAGAGGUGCUUGGGAGCCAGGCGUCCACCUGGAGCCAGUGGAGGUCAAGCCUGAGUGGGGGAUUCCCCACAGGGAAGGAGUUCAAGUCCUAGACCAAAGAACGGAAGAACAGCUGAGUCAGGACCCUGGAGAUGGGACGCAGGCCUUCCAAGAGCAGGCACUCCCUCUUCUUCAGAUGGGUCCAAGCCUCCCUCCAAUGAACACCAGAGACCAAGAGAUGGCAGCUGGGUUUCUUUCAGCAGGAGCACAGGGAUUGGGGACCUUUAAAGACAUGGCCCUGCCUUUCCCUGAGGAGGAGUGGAGGCAUGUGACCCCAGCCCAGAUCGACUGCUUUGGGGAAUAUGUGGAACCACAGGACUGUGGGGUCUCUUCAGGCAUUGGGAGCAAGGAAAAGGAGUCAAAACCCCAGCAGGAAGACCUUAAAGGGGCAUUUGCUGGGCUGUCAUCUGAGAGGUUUGGGGAAGCUGCUGUCCCUGGACCUGGGCUGGGAGGAGCCUGUGAGCAGGAGCCUGGGGAAUCCGGGAGUGGCCUGCCAGGACUUCCUGCUCCGCAGCACAGUGCCUCCUUGCCUGAGGAUCUCAAAACCCAGAGCUCCUUCUGGAAGCCUUUCCAGUGCCCCGAGUGUGGGAAAGGCUUCAGUCGGAGCUCCAAUCUCGUCAGACACCAGCGAACCCAUGAAGAGGAGAAGUCCUAUGGCUGCGUGGAGUGUGGGAAGGGCUUCACCUUGAGGGAGUACCUUAUGAAACACCAGAGGACCCAUCUGGGAAAGAGGCCCUAUGUGUGCAAUGAGUGCUGGAAGACCUUCAGCCAGAGACACCACCUGGAGGUCCACCAGCGGAGCCACACAGGGGAGAAGCCCUACAAGUGUGGGGACUGUUGGAAGAGCUUCAGCCGGAGGCAGCACCUGCAGGUGCACCGGAGGACGCACACUGGUGAGAAGCCCUACACCUGCGAGUGCGGCAAGAGUUUCAGCAGGAAUGCCAACCUGGCUGUGCACCGGCGAGCCCACACUGGGGAGAAGCCCUAUGGGUGCCAGGUGUGCGGGAAGCGGUUCAGCAAAGGGGAGCGGCUGGUCCGACACCAGAGGAUCCACACGGGAGAGAAGCCCUACCACUGCCCCGCCUGCGGUCGGAGCUUCAACCAGAGGUCCAUCCUCAACCGGCACCAGAAGACCCAGCAUCGCCUGGAGCCCCCGGUGCAGUGAGGGCACCACCUGAGGAAUCCCUGCCCCAGGGUAUCCUUCAUCUUUUUGAUGGGCUUGGAGGACAAGCAGUGAUGGCAUGCAGGAAGGCUCUCGGGCCAUUUCCUUUCCACUGACUCAAACCCAGGCGGAGGACAAGUCUGGCUUAUUGAGAGCUCCCAGAGGGCACAGCCGCCUAUGCAUCCUAUCUAAGUGGUGCCUAUGGUUUUUCUGGUAACCUUUAAGGGAAACAGUAUUCUGAACUUUAGUUCAGGCUGUGAUUUUUCCCAUCAGUUGGGUGUUUGGACACACCUCCAAGUCCAGUAGUAGGGGCAGAAUUUUGUCAGUGGUUGGCAGCUUGAAGCUCAUUAUCCUGGGUCUCUAUCCUGCCUGUGAGAUCUAGCUCAGACUCACCCCACACUUUUCCAUUUACAAAUAUUUAUUAAACACCUACUAUGCUCCUGGAACUGAGAAUACCGUGGUGAAUGACAGACACAGACGAGACCUUGUUAUCACAGAGGAUUCCAAAGUGUGUUGUGUUGCAAGGGCCAUGUGAGGGCCUCCUGUCACGUUCUGCAAGCCUGCUCCCUGCUGGACCUCACCUCGGCCUCCACCCCGCUGGGAAUUUCUCUUAGGCAGCCUCCUUUGUUUUGCUUCAUUUGUAGCCUUUUUCUCUGACUGUAAUAUUCUUCCCUCAUCUGUAAAAUUUUCCCAUCCCAGCAUAUUCCUUGCACUAUAACAACAGCUAUUAGGAAAUUAAUAUUUUGCUAUUGAUCAUGAAUAAACAUAAACUGUAUUUUUAAAAAAUGUCGCAUUCUGCCAAAAGACUAGAUUAAAUGAACUAGUAUUAAUGCCCUAUAUCAAUGGCACUUUAUCUGACAUAUAAAAAUGCUUUUCUAUAUGUUCUUUUUAAAUUUUUUUUUAUUGUUUUAGUUUUAGGUGGACACAGUAUCUUUAUUUAAUUUUUAUGUGGUGCUGAGGAUUGAACCCAGUGCCUCAUGCAUGCUAGGUGAGCGCUCUACCACUGAGCCACAACCCCAGCCCUUUCUAUAUGUUCUUAUCUGAUUCAUUUCAUAAGUAAUUAGGCCCUGCAAUGUGCCUAGAACUCUUCUGGUACUCGAGAUACAUCAGUGAAUGUGAUAGGGGAAAAUUUCUGACUCUGCAGAUGGCGUGUUUUAGUGAUGCACUUGAUCUUCAGAAUCUGUGGAUACUCCCAUGAGCCCUCUGGGCCUGGCAGGUGUUCUUGGUCCUGUUGGCAUACUUCCCUGAGUUGCAGUCACCACCUACCUCUUAAUAGUCUCUGUCCUUUUCAUCUGAACCCUUAUUUCCCGAGAUACUUGGGGUCCUGGAUACCAAUUAGAGAUAUAAAGUGGUAGUGACCUAUUUUUCAUGAGUGCUGAUUCAGGAAAACUGAUGUUUGUAGGCAUUUAGAACAUUUCUUUAAGAAUUAGAAGCUGCAGUAUUUGCAACUGUGUUUACAUUUUCUUAUAUUAUUUUGCCAUCAGAAAGGGUUUUCUUGCUGUGUAAGAUUCUGGGCCCGGCAUAAUGAGGAUGGAUUGCACUGCAGCGACAUUGUUACGCUGUGCCUUGAACACUGGCUGCUAAGUUUUUCUUUUGUCCACUGUGUGUCAUUAUAAUUGCAAGAUGUCAUUUGUUUGAUGGUGCCUUGUAAUGUCAUAUUCUUUGAGAUUUCUUUCUCCCAUUCUGCACUGUAAAUGAGAUAAGUGGUAGUGAUGAGCAUUUGUAUUACACAGUCCACUUGGAAACAUGUGCUUUUAUCACCUAUUUCCUGGCAGGGAGCCACAAGUUUACUUUUGACUUAGCAAAUAACCCUUUUGGUCCUCCUGGCUUAUCUGUGGGGACUGUGAAGUUGUGCUAAACUAGGGUGAAGUGUUAUUGAGUCAUCCACACAGGGCUGCUGCAGAGGUCCAUAUGAAAAACCAGUCUCCCAGCCCCCCAAUUCUUAGACAAGUUAGGCAAGACAGCCAGCGCCCCGCCAGCCAAACCCAGUUGGAGGCUUCCUGUCCUCAGGACUUGGGAUAGACUCGCUUGAGUGUAUCUUUUCCAAGAAAUCUGUCUCUCAAAGCCAGGCAGGGACCAUGGAGGCUGCUGCAUUAGUGUCUGUAUUUACUUGAAUUAAGUUAUUGAUUGAUUUUGAUCAUGCACUUAGCCGAACAGGCCUCUGGGUUUUCAGCCAGUUGGAAUCUCUUGAGAGAAACUUCAGUAGGAGCUGAGCCUUGCCGUCCUGCCCAUUUGUCCUCUUCCAUGUCUGCUCUGAGGCCAAAGCAUAUGGACAAUGUUUUCGAAAAGCUUCCAUUAAAAGGGAGUUUUCCCCAUGGAAUUGUAGUAGCCUUGUUUUUUAUACCCAUUGAAAUGUCAAGUAUUUUGCUAUUUUCUGUACAUUUCUAUUCUUUUGGAAUUUUAUUUCAUACCUCUCUGUGUUUAUUAUUUACCUAUCUGUAAAUUUUCUGAAGUCUAGGACAUGUAAAAGAAAGCUCAGGAGAAAUCUUUCAUUAGGAAGUUAAUGAUCUUGUAUCUUGGGGCACAGUUGGGGUUCACCACUAAUACAAAAAAGUGAUAUCUAAAAUUUUGAACUGUUUAAUAUAAAAAUCUGUAGCAGAAUUGCCAACCCUCAGAAUUUCCUUGAUGGCUACCUUCUCUCUUUUCAUGGGAACCAUUUUAUAAUAGAAAAUUUCAAACAUGUGUAAAUGAAUCCUUGUGUAGUCAUCAUUUGACUUUUAUUUUAAACUCAUAGCCAAUCUUGUUUUCUCUCUACCCACUGCUUCCUCCUUGUCUUCUUCCCUCACUGAAGUGUUUUUAAGCACAUUCCAGAUGUUUAUAAAUAUUUUGGUGUGUGCCUCUGAAAAGUAAGAGCUCUUUAAAAAGAUGAAUAAUUCUUUAAUGUCAAAAUACCCAAUGAUUUUUUAAAACACUAAAAUUUUGAAAUUACAAUUUGUUGCUUUGUCUUCUAAAUCUCAUAACCAUCUGUCCUUCAUUUCCUUGAAAUUUAUCAUUGAGAAAACUGUAUUAUUUAUACUAUAGACUUUUUUUUAACAUUCUGAAUUUUGUUAUUUGCAUAUCCCUGACAUUAUUUAACUAUUUCUCUGCCCUCUGUAUUAACUGAGAACUCAGAAGUCUAGAGGUAUAGCCAGAUUUGUCUUUCCCAUUUUGGCAAGAACACAUUACAAUGGUGGCACAUAUGGCUGUUUCUCUUUAUAUGAUGUUAGGAGUCUAGAUCAUAUAUUUCAUUAGUAAUAAUGAUAAACAAUUAUAAAGUACUUAAAAUUUAUAAAUAAAUUAUCAUUUAAUAGCUGGAAUACUUCUGUAAGAAAUUUCUGCUCAUUUACCUGUUUUCACGUUAAUGAACUGAUAGAUUUGCUUCAUGUAAAGGUGAUCCUUUUUUGUUGUUUUUGCAGAGCUGGGGAUGGAAACCAGGGCCUCAUUCCUAGGCAAGCACUCCACCACUAGUGUUGGUGAGGAGGUGGAGAGUUGGCACGCUCCCAUUUGCUAAAAUGGUACAGGCGAUGUAGAAAACAAAUUUGGUGCUACCUCAAAAAGUUAGACAUAAGUAACCAUAUGACCUAGCAAUUCCACUCCUAGUUAUAUACCUGCGAGAAUUGAAAAUCAAACAGAUUCAUGUACCCACAUAUUCAUAGCAGUGCAAUUCAUAAUAGCCAAAAGAUGGAAGCAACCCAAAUGUCCAUCAGCAGAUGAAUGUACAGACAGAUUGUGGCUUGUGGCACAUGAUGGAACAUGAUUCAGUCAAAGAUUGAAAUGAAGAACUGAUACCUGCCACAACCUGGAUGAACCUUAAAAAUAUGCUAAGUUAAAAAGCCAGUCAUGUCCUGGGAAUAUAGACUACAGUGCAGUUGGUAGAGUGCUUGCCUUGCAUGCACAAGACCCUAGGUUCAAUUCCCAGCAUCGCCUCCCCCCCCCCCCCCCAAAAGCCAGUCAUGAAAAAAAUCCACAUAAGGAAGUGUCUAGAAUGGAUAAACCCAUAGAGGGAGACACUUAAUGGUUGUUAUCAGUGCAUGGAAGAGGGGAGAGUGAGGAGGAACAGCUUAAUGGGUAUAAGAUUUUAUGUUGGGGUGAUGGGUAUGUUUUGGAACCAGGCAGAAGGGGUGGUUGUAUAACACUCUUUGAGUAUAAUACAUGCCACUGACUUAUUCAUAUUAAAAUGAUUCAUUUUAUAUUAUAUGAAUUUUACCUAUGUACAUUAAAAAAAUCUCAGAAAUAUUAACAUUAUAAGACAUGUUGCUAUGGUGCUUAUCCAAACCAGUGAUGUAUGCAGCCUCCAGCCUCCUACUUACUGAUUUGAGGUCAAGUCUUAAUCCCAGACACACAAAAUCUAUAGCCUGAUUUGUAACCUAAUUGCUUCCUUAUUAGUUGUAAUUAAAAUUCAGGCCCUGCACCUUGCAACCAAGAAUUGGUGCACAUGCUCAAUAAUUCUUAUGGUUUGAUUGUGUUUUCCAAAGUUCAUAUGUUGGACUCCUAAUCCCCAAAGCAGCAGAGUGAAAACAUGGAACCUUUAAGAAGAAUUUAGGCCAUGAAUGAAUUAAUGUAUUAUGGCAGGAAUGGACCAGUUAUUAUGGGAUUAGUUCCUGAUGAAUGGAUGAGUUUGGAUACCUUCCCUUCUUAUGCAUGUUUUCUUGUUCUUGUACUUUCUUCAUGGAGUAGCAAGAGGACCCAACCCAGAUUUGGGUCUCUAGACCUUGGACUUCCCAGGCAGUAAAAAUAAAUUUGUGUUCUUUUUAUUUCCAGUCACAAGUAUUCCAAGAUAGCAGCACAAAAUGAAGACAAGAGUGAUUGCUUAGGUAUCCAAUCGGAAAAUGGCACGGGAGGUCAGGGUUGGGCUGAUCUUGGCUGGGCAGAGCCACAGGAAAAAAAUUGCUCAGGUUGGCAGGCACCAUGGUGAUAUAUCUUCUUGGGGACUCUGUAAACUGCAUGCAAAAGUGGCAGGUUGCUUUUUUUCUGGAGUGAUGGUAAUUAUGAAAGAAGCCCUUGUCCCCAGAUCUAGCUAACAGUCUGAAUUACAGCUUAUGAACUGAGUCACUCCUGAGUGAACGAACCUAAGGGCACUCUCUUCCUUCAGCCCGUGCUACCUUUGACAUCAGGUUUGUUUAGGCAGUCCCAGGAAGUAGAAAAAAAAAUAUAUAUAUUUUUUUCUAGAAAUUUUCAAACUUUGCCCACCUUGGGCUUCGCAACCUGGAUUUGAGGAAUGGUGUUUGUGUCAUGUAAAACAAAAAGCAAGGUAAUUUAAUUGAUGAUGUUUUGCUUUUAGAAAGGUUAUAUGUGCAGGAUAAAACAUUCAAAUGGUGUAAGAGGAUAAUGCUUUAUACUAUUAAAAAUUAUGUUUUUCUGGAGGUGGUGGCACAUGUCUGUAAUCCCAGGAGCUCAGAAGCUGAGACAGGAGGAUCACAAGUUCAAGGCCAGGGGCUGGGGAUGUGGCUCAAGCGGUAGCACGCUCGCCUGGCAUGCAUGCGGCCCGGGUUCAAUCCUCAGCACCACAUACAAACAAAGAUGUUGUGUCGGCCGAAAACUAAAAAAAAAAUAUUAAAAUUUUCUCUCUCUCUCUCUCUAAAAAAAAAAAAAAAAAAAAAGUUCAAGGCCAGCCUCAGCAACUUAGGGAGGCCCUAAACAGUUCAGAGUGAAACUGUCUCAAAUUAAAAAAAUAAAAAGGAUUGGGGAUGUGGUCAGUGGUCAGGUGCCCCUGGUUCAAUCUCCAGUAUAAAAAAAAAAAAAUAAAAGAAUUAAGUUUUUGAUAGAUAAUGUUUAUUAGAUUGUGGAAUUCUAUCCUAUUGGUUUGAGUUUGUAUACUAUAAAUAGUUGUGGAAUAUUAUCAAGUUUUAUUUCCCCUGAAACUAUUGGGAAUGUAUUGACUGUUAAUUUUUAACUGAUGUCUAUGUUUUUAAUUGGUUAACUGCCUUUGAGUCAAUAAACCCAACUUUGGCCAGAG